AGUACAGUAGAAGGGUCCAGGUGUGGUCAGGUCUCGUGCAGCUGUUGACACAGAGGCGCGACUUUCCACGCAUGCUAUGGUCAGGAAGGAAGUCAUGUGAUAGUCAGCAGCAGUUCAUAUGAGCCAUGGACAGGAGGCUUAGUGGAGUGUGCUAGUAGGCAGGAGGCCCCAAAAGCUGAAAGUUUCAACAUCUUUCUCGCCUGUUAGSCCCAUAGACUUACAGGCAAUACAAACCAGUGAUCUGAAGGACACAAGAAGAGUACACAUGGCAGUGGCAGGUAAAAAUGACUUUGCAGUUCUCAACACCGGGCGGAAGAUGCCUCUCCUUGGGCUGGGAACAUGGAAGAGUGAACCUGGCAAGGUUAAACAGGCAGUAAUCUGGGCCUUGCAGGCUGGCUACCGCCACUUCGACUGUGCUGCCAUCUAUGGCAACGAGUUGGAGAUCGGAGAAGCUCUGCAGGAGACACUUGGCCCUGACAAAGCCUUGAGGCGAGAGGAUGUGUUUAUCACCUCCAAGCUGUGGAACACACAGCAUCACCCGGAGGAUGUGGAGCCCGCUCUGCUGAAGACACUGAAGGAGCUGAGUCUGGAAUACCUGGAUCUAUACCUCAUCCACUGGCCCUAUGCCUUCCAACAAGGUGACGCUCCUUUCCCCAAAUCGGAGGACGGCACCCUGCUGUACGACGACAUCGACUACAAGCUGACUUGGGCUGCCAUGGAGAAGCUGGUGGGAAAGGGCCUGGUCAGGGCUAUCGGCCUGUCCAACUUCAACAGCAAACAGAUAGACAACGUUCUCUCCGUAGCCAACAUCAAACCGACUGUGCUUCAGGUGGAAAGCCAUCCGUAUCUGGCUCAGGUGGAGUUGCUGGGACACUGCCGGGACAGAGGCCUGGUGAUUACAGCGUACAGCCCACUGGGGUCACCGGAUCGGGUAUGGAAGCAUCCUGAUGAGCCCGUCCUCCUGGAUGAAGCAGCAAUCGACACCCUGGCCAAGAAGUACAACAAGUCCCCAGCACAAAUCAUCCUUAGAUGGCAGACACAGCGAGGAGUAGUGACGAUCCCUAAAAGUGUGACAGAGUCUCGGAUCAAAGAGAAUAUUCAGGUAUUUGACUUUACCCUUGAAGCGGAAGAGAUGAAGUGUAUAACAGCAUUGAACAGAGGCUGGCGCUACAUUGUACCAACCAUCACAGUUGAUGGGAAGCCCGUCCCCAGGGAUGCAGGACAUCCACACUACCCCUUCAGUGACCCCUACUGAGCAAUUCCCCACUCUACUGCCCUAUUUUGUGCCUUGGGAACUCACUCCCCUUCCUGAACCCCCUCCAAGGCUGUGUACACAUUCCAUUAAAUGUCUUCCUCCUUCCUGACCACUGAUUUGAUAAGGGAAAAGGGGGCCAUUUAAGGCAGUGCUGCCCAACACUCUUCCUGGAGAUCUACAGUCAUGUGGGGUUUCAGUCCAACCCUAAUUUAACACACCUGAUGCUACUAAUUAGUUG